UUCCUUCCAUGCACCACCAACUUCGCCGACGGUAGACGAAAUCGCGGUGGGGGACAUGCUUGGCUAUGUUGCCAAGGUGGCCCGCGAGUUUGUCUCGCAACGGUACGAAGAAAACAACGCACCGUUGCUCUACGUUCGCAUUCGGAUUGGGCAAGCGGCCUGCAACGCUUUGCUAGAUUGCGGCGCAACUCGCAACUUCAUCAGCCAGUCCUUCAUGACUCGGGCUGGCCUUGGCGCACAAGUACGGAGGAAGUCACAUCCAACGACGGUCGCUCUUGCCGACGGUAAGACGAAACAACUUUUGGACCGUUACAUCUCGGUUGUCCCGGUGUACUUUGCACCGCACGCAUGUGAACCCGUCACUUUUGACGUGUUGGACACCGACUUCGAUGUCAUUUUGGGGAUGCCUUGGCUUUCUAGCGCGGACCACACGGUCAAUUUCCAUCGACACACGCUCACGAUUCGUGAUGCAACUGGCGCCGAGGUCCCGUGUACUAUUCCUCCUCCUCGCUCUUCCAUUCGGUGCCAAGUCGUGAGUGCCAAAUCUUUUCGAGACACAUGCCGUUCCGAGGAUGUCGAAGAGAUUGACAUCACUUUUCUUCGAACCGUCCCGACGACCGAUUCAUCAUCCACGAAUGUGUCUUCCGACCCCCGUGUGACCCGGUUGUUAGACGAGUUCUCGGAUAUUUUUGAGACACCCUCCGGUAUAGUGCCGGACCGGCCAAUCUCUCAUGAGAUCAUACUUGAGGUCGGCGCCGUGCCACCGAAAGGAUGCAUUUAUCGCAUGUCCGAGGAGGAGCUCACGGUUCUCCGUGCGCAACUCGACGAUCUACUUGACAAGGGUUGGAUCCGCCCUAGCAGCUCACCUUACGGUGCGCCCGUUCUCUUCGUUCGGAAGAAGAACAAGGACCUUCGACUUUGCAUUGACUACCGACGCCUCAACGCGCAAACCAUCAAGAACGCGGGGCCUCUACCUCGCAUUGACGACUUGCUUGAGCGGUUGGGCGGCGCCAAGUACUUUUCCAAGUUGGACCUCAAGUCGGGCUACCAUCAGAUUUCCAUCCGCCCGCAAGAUCGGUACAAAACCGCGUUUAAGACGCGAUAUGGGCAUUUUGAGCGGGUAGUUAUGCCUUUUGGCCUCACCAAUGCCCCGGCCACCUUUCAGGCGGCCAUGGCCACCGAGUUUCGCGCUAUGUUGGACCGCUUCGUCUUGGUCUACUUAGACGAMAUCCUCGUCUAUAGCCGAACUCUAGAGGAGCAUYUCGAGCACCUUCGCUGUGUUCUAGAGACUCUUCGGUCAGCCCGGUACAAAGCUAACCGCGACAAAUGCGAGUUUGUCCGACAAGAGCUUGAAUACUUGGUGCCCCUUGGGCGACGGGAAGCAAUUGCUAUGGAUAUCACCGGCCCCUUCCCGAAGCACAAGAUCGGCGUUGAUGGGAUCCUCACGGUCGUCGACCGCCUCACCAAGUACGCCAUGUUUUUGCCUUGCCGCUAUCACGCAAAGGCACCGGAGUUAGCCGAGGUCUURUACACSGGUUGGAUUCGCUCCAAGGGCUACCCCAAGGAGAUCGUUUGCGACCGGGACACUCGCUUUCUCUCCGACUUUUGGGUCGCCSUCGUCAAGCGAUGGGGCUCAUCUUUGAAGUCGAGUUCGGCUCGCCACCCGCAAACCGAUGGUCAAACGGAAAGGGCGCAUCAGACCGCUCAAGUCCUUCUACACACUCUCAUCCGUCCCGACCAGGUUGAUUGGGUUGAGCGCUUGCCAGACGUUGAGUUGGUUUACAACUCAUCGAUCCAUCCGGCUAUCGGGAUGUCGACAUUCGAGUUUGAGCAUGGUUCACCCAUCUCAUCACCGUUGGACGCCACUUUGCCACGCACAGCCGAGAGCGACGACCAUCUUGCGUUCCUUCGUCGCAUGCAAGAGCUUCUUGUCAAGGCACGGGAUCAGAUGUCGAAGACGCAAAUACGGAUGAGCCGUCAAGCCAACCGCAAUCGCCUUCCUUGCCCAUUCCGCGCCGGCGAUCUGGUUUGGGUCUCCGCCGCGGAGUUCAGCCUCGAGCAAGACAUCUCUCGCAAGCUCCUUCCCAAGUGGAUGGGGCCGUGGCGCAUUCUCUCUGCAGUUGGUGAUGAUCCCGAGGGGCCUUCAUUCCGCAUCCCGGUGCCACCUCACUUGCCCGUCCACACGGUGUUCCACUAUUCCAAACUCGCUCCUUUCGUAUCAGCGGAGUCCGACGAGUUUCCCGGUCGACGUACGCAAGACCCUCCUUCCAUGGACGGAUUUCAGGAGGCCGGCUACAUCAUCACCGACCGGCGCCAUGGCAACAAAGAAACAGAGUUUCUACUUCACUUUUCCUACUGCAGCCACAGGGCUGACCGUUGGCUGACGCGUUCGGAACUGCAGGCCACAGCUCCCGCCGUUCUCUCACGUUAUCUUAGCAAAGGGAAGACUACGCCGAGCACUCCAGCUCCUCGCCUUCCUCGCUACAUUCCGCCAUCGGAUCUGCAGCUUCGCCCGCGCCCCGGCUCGUCUUCACAAGGAGGGGGGCGUGUUACAUGCUGAAAGCCUACACACGGGCCCCUCACGGGACCCGAGGUUGGAAUAGGGCCCCCAGGUCGCGUCACCGCAACCUGAA